AUUAUUUAAAGCGCGCUAGAAAAACGAUCUAAAUUCAAAAAUGUUGAUUACCCAAAUAAUUAUGAAACAAAUUCGAGACUAUCCAAUUGUGACCACACUUAGCAUUGCCGUCGGCACUGUCCUGGCAUCCGAGGUGAUUUGGAAGCUGGUCCAGUGCUCGCGCAACAAGCGAGAGAAGGCAAGCCGCGUGCACGAAGUGAUUGUCUUCAAUGAACUGGGCGAGAUCUGUGCGGCGGCGCAUAUGCGCAACAACAGCAUAGGAUCCCAGGAACCACAGGUGUCGCCCUGCUGCAACGCGCAUUGUUCGCUGCGGAAUGUCGCCAAGAUCGCUGAGCAGAUCGAUCGGGCUGUGUACUCCAUUGACCUGGCCAUAUUCACCUUCUCCUCGCUUUAUUUGGCGGAUGCACUAAAGAGGGCCCUGCAGCGCGGCGUGAUUAUCCGGAUUAUCAGCGACGGUGAGAUGGUCUACUGCACUGGCUCUCAGAUCACUAUGUUGGCACAAUUGGGAGUUCCGGUUCGCGUGCCCAUUACCACGAACUUGAUGCACAACAAAUUCUGCAUAAUCGACGGCGUGGAGCGCGUCGAGGAGAUUCGUCUGCUGAGGAAGCUCAAGUGGAUGCGUCCGUGCUAUAGCAUCGUGAUCAGCGGCUCCCUCAACUGGACGGCACAAGGACUCGGAGGCAAUUGGGAGAACUGCAUUAUUACAGCGGACGAGAAACUCACAGCCACGUUUCAGGCGGAAUUCCAACGCAUGUGGCGGGCUUUCGGGAAGACCGAGGCGAGUCAAAUCCAGCCCAAAUAGAAACCAAUCUAUUUAAUGUAUGACUACCAAACAGUUCCUCAGUAUGCCAAAUAAUUAUAGUUCUUAUUUUCUAAGUGCCUUCUAUUAAAGUAACACUUAUUUUGAGGCAACUUGAUCUUCACACACACACAAAGGAGUGCCAAACUAAAUAAGCAAAACAAAAUUAAUCAAAAUCUAUACUUAUCAGUAUAGUCGUAUGAAAUCUUUAUCACUUUGAUUAAGUUGACUAAUUUUCAAGGUGCAUUUAGUUAUAAUCAGUUUUGACGAUGUAUAUACGUAAAAAUAUA